CCACACAUUUUUAUUAUGAGUUAUAAUCUUUUUAUAUUUUUAGAUAGUCAUCUUAAUCCAACCCCAGGUGCCUAUAGAAGUAAAACACCCACUGCUGAUUUGUAUAGUUCAAGAGAUAAAGAAGUAAUUUCAGUUAAUAGACCAAAGACACCAUUAGUUGAUACAAGGAACUGGUCUGCAACACCUAGUGAGAGCUUGAAUCUUUCUCUGAAAGAAUCAAGAAUGCAAUGCAACGAUCCUUCCAAUCGAAUAGAAAGUCCUACAAAAUCAGAUCAAGGAAGAACAUAUGCAAUGAGUGCAGAUAAAGAAAAUUCCUCGUGGUAUUCUGAUCAUGAUAAAAGCAGAGAAGCACUGUGGGGAAAUCAGAGCUUUCGAGAAUCAUUAAGGCACAAAGGAAAUGGAGUACAAGAUAUAUAUGGUUAUAGUCAUGGAAGAGAAACAUCUCAACUUUCAAACAGUUCACAUAGGCAAGACAAUCAUUCCAAAAUGCCACUUAAUGUUAAUCCAAUGACUGCUUAUUCCUGUGAUGAUAAUGGUAUAAGUAGAAAUCAGUAUUGGAGGCAUAGUGGUAGUGCUGAUUUAUAUGUUCCAAAUAAUUUUAAUAACUGGACUAGUGGUGGAUACAUUCAUAAUUCAGAUAGGACAGGAUAUAGCAAUCACAAUCUUGAUUCUUCCAUUCUGUCUACUCGUACUAAACCUUCAUUAAGAAAUUCACCGUAUUAUCAGUCUCAUCCCUCUAGUUAUUAUGGUCAACAUUUUAAUUCCAACAAUAUUCAUCUUGCUGGACCUCCAGAUAUAUCAAGCCAUCCAGAUCAUCAUUCUCCAUAUUGUUGUUCUUCUAUGUCUUCCCAUCAUUAUCCCAUCAGAGGAAAUUAUCAGCAUGACAGUUUAAGUAAAAGAAAACAUAGUACUUCUUUUGAACAUGAACAGCCAGUCUCCUCAUCUGUGACACAGUUUGCUCAGGACAUUAAAGUAUCACAAAAUAAUUCUAACUAUAGUCCUGUUGGUAGAAAACCUCCAUCUCUAGGUCCUGUUCCUGAAUAUAUAGAAAUAACCAUUACAUUACAUCGUCAAGAGAGCGGUUUUGGUUUCAGAAUUGUUGGUGGAACAGAGGAAGGAUCUCAGGUUUCUAUUGGACACAUUGUUCCAAAUGGUGCUGCAGAUUUAGACGGUCGUUUAAGAUCAGGUGAUGAAAUAAUAUCUGUCGAUAAUCAGUCUGUUAUUAAUACUUCACAUCAUCAUGUUGUACAACUCAUGGGCUCUGCUGCUGUUACUGGUAGAGUAACCUUGGGAAUAAGACGUCAGAUUUCAUCUUUUGAAUCUGUAUAUCAUUCAAAAUCCACAGAUAGUAUUUAUCCGUACGACGUCACUGUUACAAGAAAAGAAAACGAAGGCUUUGGUUUCGUCAUAAUUUCUUCUGUCUGUAGAGCCGGUUCCACCAUAGGAAGAAUUAUCGAAAACAGUCCUGCCGAACAAUGCGGAAUGCUUCACGUGGGCGAUCGCAUAUUAGCCGUAAACGGAAUAAGUAUUUUAAACAUGCACCACGGUGAAAUAGUCAAUUUAAUCAAAGAUUCUGGGUAUUCGGUCUGUUUAACAGUUGGACCUCCUCAAGGUAACUCAGAAUAGAGAUAUUUAAGGAUAGUUGUAAUUAAAAAUAAUAA